UCACAGAGAGGUUGUUAGAUUUGCACAAUGCAAUUCAACACCACAGAAACAGCCAAGAACCAACAUGUGCGUCCAUUGAAAGAUCAUCAAAAAGAAGAUUGCUAAGGAUCGACAUCUCCAUUGAACAUCUGGUUCAUCUGCUCGAAACUGGACUAUCUGUGAACACUAUUGCAAAGUUAUGGGGAGUGUCACGUGCUGCUCUGUUUUGUACAGUACAUGUACAGACGCAGAACUUGAUGUACUUGUCACAGAAAUAAAAGCCAGAAUGCCAAAUGCUGGAUAUCAGUUGGUAAAAGGAACCUUGAAGGCACAAGGACAUCACCUGGGAUGGGACAGAGUCAAAGCCUCAAUGCACCAAGUGGACAGCAUUGGAACAUUAUCUAGAAUGACUCAGUUGGGGUGUGUUGUCCGGAGAACAUACUCAGUGCCCUGUCCAAAGUAUCUAGUGCACAUAGAUACAAAUCACAAGCUCAUCAGGUAUAAUAUUGUCAUCUUUGGCGGCAUUGAUGGUUAUUCUCGCAAGGGUGCGAGCGGACCAUGGCGGAGAGAAUAUUGGAGUUGCAUGUCUGAUGUUGACUGUUCGAGGUCCAGAGAAUGGAAGCUUUAUUGCUGGCAAGAGUGUGCACAACCAAAGGAUGGAGAGGCUUUGGCGUGAUUUAUGGAUCAGGGUCACAUGUGUAUUCUACAUCAAUCUACACUUACUGGAGGAGCAACAUCUAUUGGACCUCAGCAACCCUCUUCACUUGUUUUGUUGUCACUAUGUUUUCUUGCCUCGCUUGCAAGUUAACCUUGACACCUUUCGCCAGGGAUGGGACAAUCACCCAUUGAGAACUGAAAAGAACCUUACACCAAAUCAGCUUCUGGAGCUAGGACAAGAAAUGCAUCCAGUUGUUGAUCCAGAGAUCCCCCUUAUUGACUGGGAGAGCAGUGGCCUGGUUCCUGAUCCACAUGCUGAAGUGCAAGUACCAGAGUUCGACAACCCACUCACAGAUGAUCAGAUGUACCUGCUGCGGGAACACAUUGAUCCCCUCCAGUCUUCAGAGUCUAGUGGAAUGGACAUUUAUUUGCAAACACUGCAGUACGUGGAAACAUUUCUUGUGACAAACUAGAAAUGAAUUUCUUUGAGUCCUGAUGAAAAAUAUUUUUUUAGGACUUUGUUUAUUGAAGACAGCACAAAAAUGUACUUAGUUUUACAUCAAAAGCAAAUAAAAUCACAUUUCAAACAUCAACUGUUGCAUUGUUAUUAUAUUUUUUGCAAAGAAUGCGAAUCGAUAAGAACGAUUAAAACGGCUUUCUAAGAUUGGGGUUUCUGA